AUGGUCAAAGCUCAAAUUGUGAGAAAUAAAAACAUUCGUUUUGAUCCUCUGAAGACUGAGAUCCCUGUGAGUAGGAAGGGAUUGAAAGGAUACGUAAUUCAUAUUUAGCUGCGAAGCUCGUCUGUGAGAGAAAGGGAAAUUGGGUGCAUAGCUGUUGCAAACAUUAAAAAAACCCAUGAUAUGAAAAUUAUCAAGCUUAUAGUCGAAAAAAUUUCUGACAGCUGCCUAUUUGUUAAGCUUGCUGCCUUGCAGGCAGCAAUUUCCUUAUCGCAAGAACAUUCCGACGAUUUUUUGCGGUUGGGAGUGCUAAAUUUAAUUGAUCCUAUACUAAGCCAGCAUUUCUUAGCGGAUUCAAAAAUGCCAAGUUCCAAACAAGAAAGAAAAUUAAUCAUUUCAAUUGUACAGAAUUCUUUAUAUUUACUGGAGUCUCUCUGCCAAGUAAACUUGGCUUUUUUUGACUCUUUUCAAGACUCUCCAAUUAUUCCGCGAUGCUUAGAAGUUGUCUUAGCAAAAAAUAAAAACUACAUGGUCCCGUGCUUAGAGCUUUUAAAUACUUUUGCUGAAGAAAAUGAGCAAGCUUUUGAAUUAAUUGAAGACAAUUUUGAAGAAUUAUACCAGCUAACUACCUACGAUGAUUUAACUCGAGAUGUUAAAAUGAACAUUAUUUUGCUAAUAUCAAGCGUUUGUAUACCAAGCAAACAAAAGCAAAUGAUAGGAGAAUACGUCAUAUUUCCAUGCUGGCAAAAUUUAGUAUUCAAUCCUUACAGCGAAUUAGUCAAUGAAGUUAUAUGUCUAUUUUAAGAUAAUAAAUACAAAAAUUCAAUAGUUUUAGGAUAUAAUAAAUUUUUAGCUAUCAAGCACAAAGUCUAUAUAGAUAAGAAUACCUUCACUUAAUAAAAAAUCAAAAAACAGUUAUUUUGACGCUUGAAAAAGCUGUGUAAAAGCCCAAGAAAUUACGCUGAAGAUUAUAACUAAUUUGCUAGCUGUCGAAAACGAGGAAACUCCAAUUGGGAGCUAUUUUAUAAAUAAUAGCAUGGUAAACGAUAUAGUGAGAAUUGCUAGUGGGUUAUUAGAAGAUGUUGAUAUCGGCUUUGAAGCGUUUCCUGAUAUUUUAUGCUCUGUUUUUGAGCUUCAAUGCGCAGCCUUUUAUUGUCUACAAAAUUUAAUAAUCAAUACUGAUUAUCUGAUCCGUGUCGUCAGGCCAAAAGACUUUUGGGAAUUUUUAUUUAAUCAGAUAAGGAAAAUAUCAUGCAUUUUUCAAGAACAAACUGAUUGGAAAGAAACUGCAGAAGAGCUUUUAGACACAAUUAUCAAAGUUUUGCUUUGUUUCAGCAAAAAAUAUGGGAAUUUAAUUGUAAGAUUUAUUUAGACUGGCAAAAAUUAUUAUGUAUCAGAACUUUGCAAUCUAAUAGCUCAUCUCCCUGGCUUGCUACCUUGCAGCUUGAUAGGCACUUUAACGAUAUGUGCAAAUGAAUAAAAUUUGCUGACCAUAAGUGGGUAAGCCCACUAGCCAUUGCUCACCUUGGCUCCAAAAUGGCCCAUUUAACUCCGAUCUGAACUAACUGUCCAAGAGGUCAGCUUCUAGAUCAAGUUCGCCUCUAAGAGAUCCCCAAUGGUCCUAAUGAGAGAAAACAAUAUGACAUGCAAAGCAUGUCAAGCCAAUUUUGCAGAGAGAGGAACCUUCCAGGAGAGGCCUACUUCAAAAAAGGGACAGAGAGUGAGUCCUACCUGCUACCUCGGAGACUAAUCUUCGUCAACAUCACCAUUUUAUUACUAUGUGCACAUGAAGGAAUUACUUCAGAUCAAGCAAGAAUAAUUUUUAAUGCAUUAUUUUUAUGCACAGUAAAUGAAGAUUUCACAACAAUUAUUGAAGUAAUGAAUCUUAUGUAUGACGUUUUUGAUGACGAAAGAUUUGAUAAUGUAUUGACUGAGCUGAGGAUAUUGCAAAUGAUGAAAGUUGGCUUAGAAAUGCUGCGCAUAAGAACAAGCAAAAUUAUAGAUAAAGAUUUGAGAGCAAGGGGAGAGGAAGCAGUUGAAAAUUCUGUUGCCUUUAUUAAAUAUAAAGAGUUGCAUGGAGUUAACUAG